CAAGGAGAGCUCAACUCCUUCCUCUGGACCAUUCGCCGUGACCCCCCCGCUUAUCUCUUCGGCACCAUCCACGUGCCCUACACGCGAGUUUGGGACUUCAUCCCUGACAACUCCAAGGCCGCCUUCCACGCCAGCUCCAGCGUGUACUUCGAGCUGGACCUGACGGACCCGUACACCAUCUCGGGGCUGGCCAGCUGCCAGAUGCUGCCCCACGGGGAGAACCUGCAGGACGUGCUGCCCCGGGAGCUGUACCGCCGCCUCAAACGCCACCUGGACUACAUCAAGCUGAUGCUGCCCCACUGGAUGACCCCGGACCAGCGGGGCAAAGGGCUCUAUGCCGACUACCUCUUCAACGCCAUCGCCGGGAACUGGGAGCGCAAGAGGCCCGUCUGGGUGAUGCUCAUGGUGAACUCCUUGACGGAGACGGACAUCCGCUCCAGAGGGGUGCCGGUGCUCGAUCUCUACCUCGCCCAGGAGGCCGAGAGGAUGAAGAAGAAGACGGGUGCGGUGGAGCGGGUGGAGGAGCAGUGUCACCCGCUGAACGGGCUCAACUUCUCCCAGGUGCUGUUUGCUCUAAACCAGACUCUGCUGCAACACGAAAGCCUCCGAGCAGGGAGUUUGCAGGCCCCUUACACCACUGAGGAUCUCAUCAAGCACUACAACUGUGGAGACCUGAAUGCUGUGAUAUUCAACCAUGACACUUCUCAGGUGCCAAACUUCAUCAACACAACACUCCCACCCCACGAGCAGGUGACAGCUCAGGAAAUAGACAGCUACUUCAGACAGGAGCUCAUCUACAAAAGGAAUGAGAGGAUGGGGAGAAGAGUGAUGUCACUUCUAAGGGAGAACAGAGACAAGAGCUUCUUCUUUGCCUUUGGAGCAGGUCACUUCCUGGGUAACAACACUGUGAUUGAUGUACUGAGACAAGCAGGAUUUGAAGUGGAGCACACCCCUCCUGGACAACCAAUUGGAAAUUCAAGGACAACAAAGACAAGCCCAGCCUUGGAGGGACUCUCAGUGACUGCCCUGCCCCCUGUCCAGCUUUCUGAGCAGGUCCCACUGGCAUCUCCUUCCCUGAAGCCACAGCAGAUGGAGGAAGAAGACAGCCUGUCUCCUCACCUCCUGCUGCCCGACAGCAUCAGCCAGCUGGAGGAGUUUGGCAGGCAGAAGAAAUGGCACAAGAAGCAGCACAAGCACCAUCGCCAGAGGCAGUUCAAUGACCUCUGGGUUCGGAUAGAAGACAGCACCACCACGUUGCCUUCCUAUAUCAGGAUAACCAAUGGCUACAUCACAGUCAAGCCUCCCAUCUGGAUUUCCAACCAGCUGGAUCAGAGGCCGCGUCCCGAGCGCCCAUCCCAGCCCCAGCCCACGAGCUCAGCCCCAGCCAGCCUCUCCUGGCCAUCAGUAACAGUUCCUCUCUGCAUGGCCAUAGCUUCCUUUCUCCUGAGCCUGCUGCAGCCCUCCUGACCACAUUAUAUCACAUGCAAUCCCUUGGAAUAGAGAGAUAAUUUAUGAACAAAUUGGAGUUUAAGACAACAGUUACAAGCUGGACCUUCUCAGUGACUCAGUAGUGCCUUCUAGCUGAUUUUGUCUCUUUGCCCAGAUACAUUUUGAAACUCUAAAGCUUUAUUGUAACACUGACUUACAUCUUCUUUUUGUAGAAGGAUCUUUAUUUCCCAUAGUGCUAUGGGGUUUUGUAAAAUAUACAUGUUCAUAUAAAGAAAAAAAAAAGAAAAAGAAAAAUGUAUUUAUUCGACUGGUAAACUUAUUUUUCUUGUUGUAUAUGUUAAUAACAUCCCUAUUAAUCAGUAGCGAUGGUGAAACAGAUAAAUUAAUAUUUUCUAUAUUUGUUUUCUGACAACUCUGCAAAUGUCUGAACUGACACCAAAUGAAUGCUUUCUUUGUUUCUUUAACUAUUACAUCUUACAGCAACUGUCCAAUAAGUACAUUUCUGCUGAACUUCUUUAUUUCACUUCUUUUAUCUCAUUAGCAUAUCUUACACUGAACAAAGCAGAUUCUGCUCUCUGGGGCCUGUGCCCUUUAGAAAAAUAAGUUCAUUCUUAACUCAUUAGCUGCCACAGUCUAAAAUACCAGUUAUUUUUACAUGACACAGUAUGUCAUUAUUCAGGAUAAUCCUCUACAUUCCCCCUGUUUUCUUUAACUAAACUAUUUAACUUCUUCAGAAAUUACCACUUUCCUCCUUUGCCCUGAAAUUAAUUCAUCAGCUAACACAUAUUAAAACACCCUUUUCUUAAUAAAAAAUUGCUUUUAAAGUCCAGAAUAAUCCUACUUGGAAUUAUUUCCUUCUCUCCCUCAUUUUAUAUAAAUAUAAGCCUACAACUUUCUUGAGCAGAAAUGAGAAGAGAGCUUGGUCUGUCUAUAGGUUAUAAAGAUGCAGUCCCCUGUUAUUCUGUAGAACUCCUUUGUACCAGUUGUGUUCAUGCCCAUGGACAACCUGGAGGCAAAAAACAUCUACAAAUUCCUCUUUCUCUUGCCACCAUGAGCUGAUAGAGCUGAUAUCUCUGUGCUGAAAUAAUUAUGUCUUGUCCAAAAUCUCCUCAACACCACAGGAAUCAAACUAAACCCCCAUGUUAUGGAGACAUGCAGAACGUUCUUCCAUUUCUAAACUAUGGUUCCUGACAUAGAUGGAAAAGUUACAACCCCUUACUCUCACUGAAAAAUGUGCUCUCUAUCCAAACAGCUGCUGUUGAAGGAUGAGAUUCACAGCAUCUAUGUGGAAAAAAACCCAGUGCCAUCUUAAAAAUUAUUAUGUUUAAAAACAUAAUAAUUAUGUUUAUGUAGAUGUUUUUUCACUAUCAGAAUGUGAUGAAAAAUCUCUGGAUACAAGAGUUUGUAAAAUGAGUUUUGGUUGAAAUUGUGGGGUCUUUUCCCUAAGUCAUCUACAAACAAAAAAUCAAAGCUAUGUGAUGAAAACAUCUUUUUUAGAAGUCUCCAAAUCAGAAAAAUACAAUACAAGCUUUUCUUUAAAAGCACUGAGAAAAGCAGUGCUUCUUCACUUUGGAAAAAAGAUAAUAAUGAUAAUUAUAGCAAUGUCACUGGUAAAAUUCUGGCUGAAAACAACCCUGUAAGUUUCCCAGCAGCCCUACAGCCUGGUCUCUGGAGCUGCAGAUGAUUCCAUGCAAUCUGCAAGACUCUGCAGUGAGAGAGAGUUCAGAAUUCACAGUUUGCUUGUUGUCAUACCAGUUAUUUCAUGAAAGUAAGUUAGAAAGAAACUAGACUACAAAAAUCACAGGAUUUCAUGAUGAAAUACUGAGCAUUUCCAUCCUGCAUCCCAGCCCACUGCCUUGCAAAGUCCAGGGACAAUACAGGUAAUUUCUUUUUAACUUUCUGGACACCAUGGUCCCCAGCCUUUGCUCUGUUUUUGACAGCAGGUUGUGCAGGUUUCUGGGCAGUCUAAGUGGGUAAUAGCACAGAGGGCUCUAAGCUUCCCCCAGCAGUUGAUAAGGCUGAAUGGAAAACUUUGAGCUUUGCCCCACAUGUGAGAUUCAAACAGACCCCAUGCAUACUUUCAUAUUGUGUAUUUUGGCUAGCAGAAGAUUAGAGAUGUUAGUUUUGGACAGGAGCCAUUCACCUUGCAUAAUAUUUAUUGCACAGAGAUGGAUAUUGAAAACAUAUUUUGAGAACUUUCAUUUUGGUUUUAUUUGAGCUAUUACUCUAGAAAUGCCUUCAUUUGAAUAUUAUGGUUUAAGAGACCUUCAAAUUGAACAGUAAUGCAUUUUAAAAAGAUUAUUGGUUCUCCUGAUGUGUUCAAGGCAGAGAUGAAAACUAAAUUAUAAUGUCUUAUUUACAAGACUGUAACUGGAAAUAAGGUAGGUAAAUCUAAAGGGUGAUGAUAAGUUACGUAGUAAAAGUGAAUAGCCAACAAACCAAAACCCGUUUAAUUUUAUUUGUUGUAACCGGAUCAUAUCCAAAAAUUAUUCUGUGGUGCUGUCCCAGGAAUAAUUCCAGGUGUUGGAAGACCUACAGUAUAAAUAGACAGGACCAUGUAAAGAUAAGGGAGAGAAAAAAGAGCAGAAAACAAAAUAACUUGUCCAAGACUGUAAGGAAAAUCAACAGGAUCAAGACUAGAAAUUAUAAUUCUGAAGUUUACCAAUCUGUGGCUUUCUCCAUAAACCUCUGGAGCUUUUUAUUUUUUUUAAUAUUAGAAGCACACAAAUCUCUCCACACUCCCAGCUGUCACUGUGCUGCACAGAAUAGUCACUCUUUUAUCACCAGUGAGGUUUUCCAGACAGUAAUAUUCAAUUUUCAUUAGCUCAGAUACUGUGGUAUGUUUGGCUAUCACAGGAUUUAAAUGCCUUGGAUAUCAAAGUAUAUUUUAACAUCUUCGCAUUUCCUGGCAUUUUCUCUGUAAUUCUGGGAAAUUAUUGAAUUUUACUAGAACCCCUGUGCUGGUGCCCCACAUUUGUGCAGCCCAGGUGUCAAAACAAGGUGUCUGCUGGAUUUGGGCUCUACACACCUGGUUUUUGCCACCUAGAAGCAGCUCCCUCAGUAUCUGAGCUCUCUGUGGCUCAGGGAGGAGACAUGACUUAAAGAUUAAAUGGGUUUCUGUAGAUCUUAGCUCAGGAACCCCACAUGAAUGGCUUCAGCACAGGUCUCUGACCAAACACUCCUUUUAUUCUGUUGUCUUACCCUGAAGUACAACCUAGGGUCACUGUCUUCAAUACAGUGUGCAGAGCAAUGCUGGAUAAUGAACCCUCCCUGUGGUUGAUAAAAUGAGUUGUUUACUAAUCAGCUGUGGCAGCCCAGCAUUAAUUAAAACACAGUAGUAGUGGUUAGCACAGACUUAUGCACUCUGUCACAAUGGAUCAUGAUUUCUUAAUUUUAAUGGUUUUCUAAACCACGACUUUAAAACCUGGACCAGAUUUGAUACGUGCUCUGGAAGCAGCACUGACUACCAACUUCAGAGGGCUUCAGUUUCCUCUGUGGGUUUCUCAGAAAACUAAAAACUGACUCAACUCUUUCUUCCAAAGGAAAGCUCAGAUUCCCAUGUUAUCACAAGCUUACAAGAGCAGGAGAUUUAGCAAAAACAUUCAUGCCCACCACAUAAAAUAGCAAACAGUGGUGAUCCUGCUUAUCUCUGAGAAUCAGCAUCAAGAGUCACCCCAUGUCUGGCAGUCCAGGACACGACUUUGGGUGAGUCCGAAGCUCAAUGGUCUCAUGAUUCAUCUUCUCAACACUGUUGCAAGGGACACCAACACAAUUCACAUUAAAUGUGACUGUAGCAUUAUCAACAAAUGCUAAGUACCUGCCAAGAUCUUGCCCUGGUGGAAUAAAUAAUCUCAUAUCAUCAGCAACAAAUCUAAUCUCUCCCCUCUCAGUGUUUUAAUGCUUUUCUUGCCUAACUACAGACACUAUAUUAACAUGCACUGCCACUUGGAGAACCAGUCAGUAAGCUGGGACAGAAGGUAUUUUAUAUUUUAUGACUGAAGUAGUUUCUCUUCAAUCCCUAGAGCUGUUGAAUAAUGCAUUAAGUCUUCUGGCAAUAAAUGAUGAACAUGAUUUAUGAUAACUAUGCUUUAUACAGGUGUCAAAAAUCUGCUUUGUUGAACUUCCCUUCCUAUUCCUCUGAGCUCCACUGUAAUUUAGGAACACCCAAGGUACAGAGUUGUAUAUUUAUCUAAGUUCUUCAGUAUACAAUUGUGGAGAAAGAGAGAAUGGAAAGAGGGAGAACUUAAUCUGUGUUUAGUGCAUUGAUUAGUCAAGUGAUAUGACUCAGUCAUUACCAUAUACCACUGUUAGGGAGGAAUUUCCCAUCAUAUAUUUAUGUUAGAGAAACCAAAGUGCCAAGGUUAUUAUCUCAGCAUAAGUGUUACCAUGCCAAACUUUGCUUAGUACCGUAUUUCUGUAUUAUAUCCAAAAAUUGUAUGGUCUUGUCAUAUCUCUGAAGUGAUCAAUGUUCCAUGGAGUGUGCUAAAACCCAGCUUCAAUUUAAGCAGAUUUCAGUUUAACUGAAGCAGAAAGAUAAAUUGCUGAAGUUUGAGAUCACAGGGUGUGUGUGUGUGUGCGUGGUGUGUGUGGUGCGUGUGUACAUUUAUGUGUGUAUGUUGUCUGUGUUCUGUCCCAAUCCAAAUUCAGCCUUUUCUAUGACUAACAUUUCAGGAGGCACCUUAAUCUAGCUAAAGGCAGAGAGGUCUUUGCAAUAAGUAGGCAAUACUUUAGGACUGAUUAACCAUCCAGCAGAUCAUACUCACACCGAAAUUCAAACUGCAUAUUUGUCAGUUUUCAGUUCAAAUAUAUUUCAGAUAUUUUUUCCUGUUCCGCCUCCUGCUUUUGUGAACUGUUUUGAAGAGUGUAAUAAAAAGAUACUUUCUAAUAUUAUUUUAUCAAAAUAUUUUUGUAGCAUAAUAUAUUAAUAAAAUGUUAUUAUAAAUCCAUA